CCAGUUAAGAAACCCUUACUGACUACACAGGUAAAUCCGCGAGGCUGAAAUUACCACUUGUUUUAUGAGAAGUGAUAUAUGGGCUACAACGUUUUUAAAAUGGAAUGUGUCGCCAUCUGCAAACAAAUGUGAGACCAUGGUAAUGGUCUAUUCAAGGAAUGCCUAUGCUACAGAUCAAAACCAGUAAAAUGAGUAAGCGUAUGUACAUUUUUUAAUUUCGAAGAAGUGAAUAAUGAAGAAGUCCAGUAUAUUUGAAGAAUGAUUGAGGAAGUAUGCUGUCUGAGUUAGGAAAAAGCAAUAUAUGUGAAGUUGUCUUGAAAUAGAGGUAAACAAAACAAUGAAUCAUCGUCGAGGUGUAAAGAAUAAUUAUGGCAACACUAGAAAAAAACAACUUGGAAGUGAUUUGUCUUCAGACCUAGACAUUGACCUCUUCUCACCUGAAGGGUUCCUAUUUGAAGACAGCAGUUUUAGUGAGCCUGAAUUUGCACCCCCAACAACACCAGAAGAUGAGGAACUUUUGAAAGAUUCAGAGGUGAUAGUUAACUUUGUUUCAUCUUUACCCAGAAGUGCUCCAGUUGGAGCCAUAUUUGGAGAAAAUUCAUUCUCUCUGAGAAAAGUGAAUCAGGGGGAAGGUGAUGAUUCUGAUAUUGAUAUUCAUGAUGUUGUUGAUAUGUCGUUAUCUGCAAGAGCUGUAGAACAAGCAGAACAUCUAGUUAGAAAGGUUUUGGAAGAAGCUGAGCAAGCUGAACUUUUAGUGAGGAAGGCUUGGGAGGAAGCUUGGAAAGUUUGUCACUUCACUGCUCUGCCACGUUGGCUUCAAGACAAUGACUUUAUUCACAGAGGACAUCGACCUCCUCUCCCAUCCUUCAGUGCUUGCUUUGGUUCCAUCUUUCGUAUCCAUACAGAGACGGGUAAUAUUUGGACUCACCUUCUGGGUUGUUUGAUGUUUUUGGGGAUUGCUGCUUAUUUCCUCACACGGCCAUCUAACCAAAUCCACUGGCAGGAGAAACUAGUUUUUACAUCCUUUUUUGCUGGAGCCAUAUUGUGUUUGGGAAUGUCCUUUGCCUUCCACACUGUUCAUUGUCACUCUGAAAAAGUUGGAAAACUAUUUAGCAAACUAGACUACUGUGGGAUUGCUCUGUUGAUCAUUGGAUCAUUUGUCCCAUGGUUGUACUAUGGCUUCUAUUGUAAUUUUCACCCUCGCCUCAUCUACUUAAUCUUGGUCACAGUGCUAGGGGCAGCUGCUAUUAUUGUAUCUUUAUGGGACAAGUUUAGUGAACCCAGGUUUCGGCCUCUUCGAACUGGAGUAUUCAUGGGUUUUGGCUUGAGUGGGGUCAUUCCAGCUUUCCAUUAUCUGGUAGCUGAAGGCUGGUUCCAUGCUGUUUCUCAUGCUUCCUUUGGGUGGUUGUGUCUCAUGGGGUCCCUCUAUCUGGCAGGGGCCUUUUUCUAUGUGAUGCGAGUGCCGGAGAGAUUUUUCCCUGGGAAAUGUGAUUACUGGUUUCAUAGUCACCAGAUAUUCCAUAUAUUGGUCAUAGCUGCAGCAUUUGUCCAUUACCAUGGAAUAUCGGAAAUGGCCAUGUAUCGACUGACACUUGGAGACUGUCCUCCGGAACAACCUUUAAUCGAAGAUGAUGAACAUUAUGCUACAUUCUAGAUGUACUAAAUGUGGCAGUACAAUAUGCUAAAUGUGACAGUGUUUAGUUUUUUUUUACUUGCUUUUCGUACUACCCGAGAUGUGUGAAAUAUACUCUUAGUUUUAUGUGUUGCAUAAGCGAAAAUCAGUUAAAACAGAUGGGAGUAGACGAGUUGUGUGAAAUUGGAAAAUUUAUUUACACAAUGACUCCCUGCUAGAUUUCUUACUUAGUUUUGUUUUGCAAAAUUGCUAAUACUGCCACGAAUUCUGUAAGAAACAUUGGUUGUUUUAGUGCAUUCCAUAAAUUCAUCAAUACUCACCAGUUACUAAGAGCAUUUUUGACACAUUUUUGGAAUUCUAAAGAAAAUAGUUCCAUUUUUUUUUAACAACAUCAAAGCCUAUCCCUCUGAAAGCAUUUAAAGUUUUUUUAAUGCACUGUAUUUGGAAAUUCUUCAGUACUGCUGAUAAUUUUAGGCGUUAAUGAUUCAUUUGCAUAUGAGAAACCUAGAUGUGUAUUUUUAAAUUACCACAAGUAGAUUCUUAAAAAUACUAACUAUACAAUCUCUAACACCUCACUGAAGGAAUAGCGAGAUUCAUUAACACAAUACUCAUGUGUUGGAGAUAAUUCUAUAAAAAGCUGGGAGUAUAUACUAUUUGUGUGAUACUUCCAUUAGAAACUAUGGAACUGACAGGAUUUUUGUGAUAAAGAACUGAACAUAUUUGUUCAAGAUAUUGUAAAUCUCUUGUGUGUAAGUUUGUAAUAUCUUAUUUGUAAAAGUAUAUAUAGUUUUUGUUUGUUUUUACAGUAUAAAAUUCUCCAGUGUGACGUUAUACAUAAACUUUUAGUGUAGUUGUGAAUAUGGAUUUAUAUUUUAAAGUCGUUCUUAUAUGAUUAAUUUCCUAAGUAGUUUAUUUAUUUAUUUUCAGCCUUACGCUUAAGAUUUUAUUUUUAUGUUGACAUUUAAAAGUUCUUUUAUGCAUUUAUUGUUUGUUUAGUACCACUGUUCAUCUGUGAUUGAAAUGGGAAUUCACAUUUCAUUAGUGUACAAGUAAAAUUUGUUUAAUAUAUAUCACAAAUAUUUAAAUUUAUUUUGUGCUAGAUUAGUGAGGCAUAGAGAAUAGUGAUUUCUAGUGAAAGAUGUACAGUCUUUAUAUUUAUUUAAAUAUUCAUUUUGUAGGGAAACAUGCUUUUGUCUAGCAAUGAAGCUGUAAAAUUGUUUUGAAAUGGAAGUGUGCAAUAGAAGCUGAAAGCAGGGAGAAUGUGAAACAAUUAAUUCCUCAGAUGUUGUAUUUUGUGAACAACUCUAUAUUAUACUUACUAUUGAAUACAUUGAGUCAUUAUGGCAUUAGUUUAAUAUACUUUGUAUUACGUAUGUAUAUGUGAAUUGUAAUUUAGAAGUUUUACCUUAUUGAUACAAACUGUUUCCAGUGUCAUGAUUGAACAAUGGUUAUGAAAAGAAAUGUUCGUUUUAUGUAUUAGUAGUUUGUAUUGAAGUUAAAGAUACAAACAUUCUGGUAACAUUGGUCAAAAUUAAAAUUUUGAUUUGAAAGUAAAAACCAUUCUUCUGA